AAGCUCAAGCUCAAGCUCAAAAGCAUCUCUCCCGACCUAUAACUCAACUCAGGCUGGCGGUGCGGUGGUAAAUUCAGUAUAGAAAGAAGCUUCUCAGAAGGAAAGAAGGGAAGACAUUUAUGUUUGCGAGUCUUGGGUGGAGUGGUACGAGAAAGCAGGGUGAUUACUAGGUGAUGUCUAUCGAGAACUGACGAGGUAGUAAGCACAGUGAUAUCACCACCGACAUGGAUGAGGACGAAGAUGAUGUGGUUUGCAUUGGCACGCCACUGGAGGAGCUCUCUGAAGAUGAUGUGCAGGUACGCAAGGCUCCGAGGGUGGAGGACCAGAUUGUUACCGACAAGCAGGGGCGAAGAAGAUUCCAUGGUGCCUUCACGGGAGGCUUCUCAGCCGGCUACUUCAACUCUGUGGGAACCAAGGAAGGGUGGACACCAUCUGCCUUCAUGUCAUCAAAGGGGCAGCGUAGUGAGGCCAAGCAGUCACGGCCUCAGGAUUUUAUGGAUGAUGAGGAUCUGGAGGCAUUUGGCAUUGCACCACAAGGGAUCCGAGCAUCAGCUGACUUUGACAGCCGCCAGCAGGGGAAGAGAAAGAGAGUGAGUGACCCAUCUGGACCCAUUCCUGGCACACCUGUCCUUGAGGAGCUGCUCAGACCCACCAGGGAGACGAUGGGCAUGAAGCUGCUGCGUCGCCUGGGGUGGCGGCCUGGGCAGGGUGUCGGACCAAGAGUGAGUCGGCAGCAGAAGGUGUCAGCCCAGAGGGAGAAGCGCCGCCUUUUAGGCAGUCUGGGUGCAGGACGGAGAGCUGGAUCAAGUGAGGGCAGCAGUGAGGACAGUGAGGAUGAGGCACUGCAGGAUGUCACCUAUGCCCCCACUGAUGUGCCUGAGCUGAGCUCGAUGCAGCCCAAGGUAGACCAGUUUGGGCUGGGCUACACCCCUUUGUCCCGCACCCCUGUCUUGGGCGGCCACAUCAAUUUGUUUGACCCAGCGCCUUUGUCCCUCACCGAGAAGAAGAAGAAGCUGCUCAUAAAGGGCCAGGCAUUUGGUGUGGGUGCAUUUGAAGACGAUGAUGAGGAUAUUUAUGCCACAGAAGACAUAAGCAACUAUGACUUUGGGGAGGAGAAGGAUGGCAAGGGCAGGGGGCAAGGCACACCCAGCCACAAUGCUGCAGUGUUGGGGCUGGUGAAAGCCAUUGAAGGGUUCAAGCUGAGCAGUCAGCCCCUGCAGCAGCACAAAGUCUACCCACCCCCUACCAUCCCACUGGACUUCACUCCCCACCACAAGCCACGCCGUCGCAGGUUUGAGCGCAAGGAGAGUGAGCUGCGAGGUCUUGGCCGCCACAGCAUGACAGCAGAACACCGUGCACACAUCAUUGCUGAUAAACCCAAGGCCACUGUUGAGAUCAGAUUGGGGGUGAAGGGACAACAGCAGCAGCCAGCAGCAGGCCCCAGAGACUCCACCAAGCCUAUUGAUACUUCAGAGGUGGACAAAAUAUAUGAGGAAUUCAAGAAAUCUGACAAGAAACUUGGUUCAGAUUUCAAGCCGUUUGCAAGUGUGCCGGAAAAACAGAAACGCUAUGAGCUGUUCCUAAGGAUGAAGGAGAAAGGACAGAAAGACCGCUUCUACCUGGCCCAGCCCAAGAGCAUGACAGAAUGGGAGAGGGAGCGGGAGCUGCAGGAGUUCAGCCGUGCUGCCAAACUCUUCCAACCUCUUGUGUCCUCCAUGGCAACACGCUUUGUGACAGCCACUACCACAGAAACAGACCCCACACUGAAGGAUGGCCUCAAUGUCAACAUUCCAAAGGCUGAGACCAAAACUGGGGAGAAGGGAUUGCUGGACCCAGUGGAGCCGGGGGACGAGAGGACAGCUGCUGCCCAAGCUGGGAUGUACGGCAAACUUACUCAGAGUUUGGAGGAGUGGCACCCUGACUCCCUGCUGUGUCGACGCUUCAAUGUGCCAAACCCUUAUCCAGACUCACACUUUGUUGGAGUGCGCAAGGCCAGGAAGGAGAAACUAUCUCUGUUUGGUGGAUUCCACUCUAGUGCUGAGGAGAUGGCUGGCCUCAGGACAUCCAGCAGAAGAGAGCAAGAGAACAAGCAGGAACAGGAGCAAGAGCAGGAGGUGGGAGAGGAAGGUAAACAACUUGAUGACAAACCAGAAGAUUAUGGACUGAAAGUUCCUGUGGAUGGGCCACCAACCAUGGACCUAUUCAAGGCAAUCUUCCAGGACUCUGACUCUGACUCAGACUCAGACUCAGACUCAAAAAAGGAAAGCACUUCUCCAAAAAGAACUGAAGAGGGCCACCAGUCAAACACAGGUGAUUCUUUCCAUCCCGUCACUUACUCAGAGUCCCAACCAAUGAGACUGGAGGGAGGAAGACCCAUGGAGAAAAAUGUUUUGAAUGAACAAACUUCAGCCACCACCACCACCACCACCACCAGACGUGCAGGGCGUGUGAGCCGCUUUGAGCCGCUAAGAGAGGACACACCCAGCCAAAACAAAGAGCCUGAGGAACCAGCCAAGCCUAUCAACCAGCCUGAUGAUAUUGCCAAACUCACAUUCAUUCCCAGGAAGAAAGAUCUACCCUCCUCAAAGCCUGUGUCUGUGGCUGAGGGAAUCUUUGCUAAUGUUGACUUUGUGGCUCUGAACAGUUACAGGAACCAGAGGCCAACAGAGGUGAGUGAAGACGAGGACAAGGAAGCCAAGCAGACUACACGAGCAUGGCCAGAGGCAGUCAUAAAGGCAGCUCAGGGUAAAACAACUAAUGAUAACUCUUCUUCAUGUUCCACUGACUCUGAGGACGUGUAUGGCCCACCUGCACCAAGCCACCUCAAGAACAGAGCUCAAGAAAUUAUGUCCACUCCACCAGUCACUCAUUUCACUCCAGCAGCAGAAGCAGCAAUUCAGAAGUCUCAGGGACCCAGCUGGAUGGUGAAGGAAGGAGAGAAGAGUAAGAGUAAUACAAAGAAACACAAACAUAAAUCUAAAUCUAAGACCAAGAAGGAGAAGAAGAAAAAGAAGGAUAAGAAGAGUAAAAGACACAAGGAGAAAAAGAAAAAGAGCCAUAGAAGUUCAAGCAGAAGAAGAAAGAGCAGUAGUAGUAGUAGCAGCAGCAGCAGCAGCAGCAGCAGAUCAGAGUCUUCAUCCUCUGAUUCUGAUUAAAUUAAGUUUGUUUGAGUCUUUUUGGAGUACCUGCUUUGUGAAAACACAUUGGCCUGGUGGUGGUGGUGGUUGUGAGAGGGUUAGCACAUGUCUCACCCCAGAUAAUCUGGACUUGGCAAAGACAGAAUAGAACUUUCCUUUCCUUUGAAUGACUAUACCACAUGCUAAGCCUGCCUAACCCAGUAUGGUGUUGUAUCAAACUAAUCCCUUACCUUUCUAGGAGACUUUACUCUAUAGUGGACUCAUUUAGGCAGAAGGUGAGGAUAUGACAAGCUUAAGGUGCUGCCAUUGCAUUCCUUGACACUGCAGGUCCCAUGCUAAGCCACACCAAAGCCACUGUAGAGUGGAGUUCUUAGAGAAGGGGAUACAUCAAUCAUAAAAGAAAUCAUGCUCAUGGGUCAAUCAAAAUGUACUGUUGGCCAUUGUUGAGACAUUCACCCAUCACAUCAUUGAAAUGCACAGUUUUCCAUACUCAUAUAAAGUUGAACAUGUCCAUUGUCCAGUUUUUAACAAUUUAAUUAAUGUUUCAUUUUCACUUCAUAUUUAUUUAUUCAUUGUAUAGAGAUAUAUAUAAGAUAAAGUUCAUAUUUUAAAGGUAGAUUAUUCUUCAGCAGAUUUAUAUUUGGAAUAUAAAGUGGGGAAGGAAACUGUGUAUUAUGAAUGUAAGGUGUUAUUCAUCUUGUGUCCACCUGACAGAGGGUGGAAACUUUGCUGACUUGUGACUGUGACUAGCAGCCUACCAUGUGUUGGAAUCUUGCCAUCAUGCCCUUCUGAAUGUAUGGCACGUGCAUUAGUUAGUGUGUAUGUAUUGGCAAUAUCCUGUGGGAGUUACUGACUCAACAGCCCAACCAUCCUGUGUGUGUGUAUUUACCUAUUUGUGAUACAGGGCUUGAGCUUGGCUCUUUAUGUGCUGUCUCUAAUUAUAAGCGAUUGAUGGAGGAUGGGGAGAUGGUCGCAAUAACUGAGGUCUUUGUGCGGCCUCCCAGAGCAUCUUGCAGGAGGCAUGUCAGCUUCAACCCUCUGUAUGGAAUAUGAGAGGCCCUCUCCACCAGGGCAGUAAUAACGUGGCCAAGAGUCAAGAGGGACAUGUUGAUGUUGCCAGCCUCCCUCGCUCUCUUCUCCAAAGCACCAGACCACCCUAUGUUCUCCAAGCCAGCCAGGUCCACUAGAUGAAGCUUGCUGGUCUUCAUCAACUCAUCACUAUCUACAGUGUUCUCCUUCAUGUGCACAAUGACAGUGAACACAGUGUGGGAGCGACUGGAGUGUGCAUUCAUUAGGGUUGCUACUGUUUGCCUCUGCAUUGACCCCUUCUCCAGGAUUCUAUAUACAUCAAAUGUUGACCUCACCAGCACCUCCUCCAGGCCUUGAAUGAUGGAGACCCUUUUUCGCUGGAGUCUUUGUACAAUCUAAGCUUGGAGAAAUCAUCAUGGGCGGACAGCAGGUCAAACAGCUCUUCAUUAUACUGCUCCAGGAAGGACACUCUCAUUGUAAACUUCACCUUCUGCAUGUGAAGCUCAUCAAACAGGUGGUUCACACAGCACGGGAUGAUGCCGGCUAGUGGAUCCUCCUCCCAUGUGUGUGUGUGUGUGUGUGUGUGUGUGUGUAUCUACUUGUGUGCAUGCAAGUUUGUUACAACAGACUAGUGUUCCUCACCACCCUCUGAGGGAAAAAUUGUCAAGGAUAUGAAAAAAACGGGCAAGACACAAAAAUGGCUAAGAGCAUAGAGUGGUUGGCUGAGUAUGUAGAGAUCCCAGGACCAUUGUUAGAAAGACAGAAAUAAAUAACAGGUUUUAAGAAA